AUGGCUCAAUCACCACCGCUUUCCAGCAGCAUCAUUGCGCAGCUCGAAAAGUACUCUGCGUGUGAUAUCUCGGAUGCCCUGCUGAAGCUCAAAGUCCCCGGCGCAGGCUACAUUGCCGACCUCGUAGCAUACAGCCCGCAGCAAGCGAGCCAAGCCACUCAGUCACGAGUCACCGUCGCUCCUGUAUUCACAGGCGGUGGUAGCCUCCCGCCGCAAAAUAUCCCCAAGGACGUCCAUUGGGCUGAUUUGGCCGAACCUGGCACCUUUGCCGUGCUGAAGCAACCUCCAGGCCAGACAAACGCUGUCUGCGGUGGCAUCAUGGCCCUCAGGAUGAAAGUACGCCGGGUAACAGGUAUCAUUGUUGCCGGAAGAGUGAGAGACCUAGACGAGUUGAGAAGCACCAAUCUGCCUAUCUGGGGCUACGGCACCUCCACCGUAGGAUCUGGCGGCGGCAGCGUGCCCUGGGCGACCCAGGUGACGGUCCAGGUCAAUGGGGUUGACAUCAACCCGGGCGACGUUGCUUUCAGCGACCCAGACAACGGAGUUGUGAUUAUUCCCCGAGAUAAGAUCGACCAGGUUUUGGAGCUGCUACCUGGCCUUGUUGCUGCGGACGACAAGGUCAAGGAGGAAGUUCUCAAGGGCAUGUCAGUCUAUGAAGCGUUCAAACUACAUCGGUGA